UUCAGAGCUUCCAGGAAGUAUCAAGAGUAAAACUCAGUUGACAGAGAGAGCUGCAGUUCAGAGGUGCGUGGGGAUGUGACGGACAGCAGGCAGCUCCUGCAGACUCCACCGCUACUCUCCAUCAUGAUCAACACUUACCACACCAGCGUGGCCCCACCGCCGGUGCCUCCACGCCACAGCGGGUCCCAGACCCUCCUCAUCCCCGGUCCACAUCCAUCACCGAGCCACAGCAAGACUCUCAUCCGAUUCCUGGUCGGCGUGGCGGUGCUGCAUUUGCUGCUGUCUGUCGGAGGAUUCAUCUAUCUGUACCACUAUGAAAAAACGGAGAGAUUUUACGCAGCUGAAGGAAAAGCUUCACUUCUAACAUCAGAUAAACAGGACACUUCCUACAGAGCCUUUGCGCAUUUGGGGGUUGACCGGACAACUGCAAAGACGCCUAAAUCUGGUUAUCUCCAGUGGGACAUGAGUAACUCAGCUCGCAAGAACAUCAACUACUCCUACAGCAGCUGGCUGACGGUGCUGCAGGCCGGGGACUACUACGUCUACUCCAGGGUGACCUUCUCCAAGAGCCACCCCGUCAGCCCCCUGUUCAGCCAAGUCAAGCUGAAGAAGAGCGAGAAGGAGGAGGAUGAGAUCUUAAUGCAGGCCUACUGCAACCUGGGCAGCCCCACUGUGAAUGGGUCUAAGCCUCGGCAGUGCACGGCCACGCAGGGGAGGGUGGUCACGCUGGAGGAGGGAAACCAGCUCGGGGUCUGGAUAGAGAACCUUUCCUAUGUGGACUACGAUGGAACAGCCACAGCGUUUGGGAUGUACAGACUGUAGGAGCGUCCGGAGGAGCGUGGACACGGACCUGAGAUGAACUCAUUCAGUGGAUGGACCUGGAUAUAAAUCUACUGAGAACACUGCUGAAUACUGAGGGUUGAUGAACUCUGAUGACAGAGGAACAUUCCUCAACUAUAAUUUAUACAUAAUCCUUCUGUAUUUAUUCAAUUAAAUGAAGUUAAUAUUACCCUGAUAUGAUUUAUUUUUUUCUAUAUUUAAUCUUAAGCGUCCCUUCUUAUCUCAUCAGUUUAUCGCGCGUGUGCUCAACUCAGGAGUGAAUUCAAAGUAAAGGAGAUACCGAUCAUCUCAGUGAUGUGGUCGCCCACCCGUCGAGACGGAUCUGCCGGUCGAUCCCACAGUCUUCACCAUGGACCCCCGAAAUCUCUAGAAUCAGUGGCUGUGGUUUCGCCACAGCUGCUAGUUGAUCUACUGCAAGUCGGUUUGUGUACUAAAGCAAAUCCUAGUAUACUACGGUAUGAAGACGCACAUCUUCCGGUCUCUCGAUAACAAUCUAAGCCCCGUUAGAACCUUAGAACAGAUGAAUGGACUCGGAAAGUGAAACGCUUUUAGUUUGAAACGGGUUCGGGAAGGUGUUGUAAAUACGCUUGCGUCAUAGACAGAUACACAUUGUGUUUUACAAGAGGAAUAACCAGACAAAAUGAUCUUUCAUUCGAGUUUUAAUUGUUUAUCUGUUGACUUUUUUUUUUUUUUACGAACACAAGUGGCUGCAACACUUUAUGUAUGCGUAUCAAAAUAAAACCACCCCAGUGUUUAAAACCAUUUUUUGGUUUGUUUAACAAGGAGACUUUAUUGUGAAAUAUUUGCAGGAGCAGAAUACGGACGGCUGUAUAGUAUUUGUAUUUAUUUGAGAACAGGGAACUACUUUCACAAAAGUAAAUAGUCACAUUUAUGGCCUUGUAAAAAACAUUGUGCUGCAGUGUUGAACUGAGGCUAAAUACUGUGCACUGAACAGAUUCUGUAAAUAUGAAUUGAUAUUAAUGUGACUAUUGUUCAUUGAAUAGAUAAAGCUGCAUAACCGCCUUUCGUUGUGUAUAUGUAUGCUCGUACACUCAGCCUUUAACAGAGAAUGCUAAAAUAAUAAAUAUGACCCUCCUGAGUGGGUUUCUUGAAUUGGA